AUGAGAUAUCACUAUCCUCAGUCAGCCAUUGAUAAGAUUCAGGAGGAUUUCUUAAGCCUCCGACAGAAAAACGAGACGAUAAACGAAAUAUCAAACACUUUCAUGGAUAAGAUGAAGUUUUGCGGAGAUUUUGUGAAGACAGAAAGAAUGAAGAUCAAUCGCUUUUACAGUAUACUAAAGGCAGAAUUUAGGGAGUUCAUCACUCCCUCAAAAUGUGAAACCCUUGACGAGCUUAUCAAUUUGGCACGGGAUAGAGAAAUUGAGAUUAAGAGACAGGAGGAACGAGGUGAAAAGAGAUCCAACGAAAAGGGGGCAAGUUCAAGUCCGUCCAAGAAGGCGAAGUUUCAAGACCACAGAAUGAAGGAAAAGUCAAGGGGUGGUAUUUCUCCAUGCAAGACAUGUGGGAAACUUCAUACUGGGGAAUGCCUUUUGGGUAAGAAGGGGUACUACAAAUGCUGUGAAGAAGGGCAUACAUCCUACAAGUGCCCUAACAACCCGAAGACGUGUUUCAACUAUUUCCAAAAAGGGCAUGUUAAAUCGGAGUGUCCUAAACUCCAACAAGUAUCGAAGAAAGAAAGAAAGACUGAGGAUAGCUCUAGGGCAAAAGGGAGGAUGUUCCAAAUUACAUCCGAAGAAGCUAAGGUUCAUCCAAAUGUGGUUUCAGGUAUCUUUUUACUAAAUUCCUUGCCAAUGUAUGUAUUAUUUGAUACCGGAGCCAUUAUGUCGUUUAUUUCGAGUGAAGUUCUGCAACACCCUUCAUUUAGGAUUGAAAGAAUGUCGUCACCCUUAGAGGUAGAAAUAGCCGAUAGCAAGAAUUAUUUGUUGCACGAAGUUUGUAGAAGUUGUGAGCUAACCAUAGAAGAUUAG